UGAGAUAAGAGUCUCCUUCAUCUUCUCCUUCUCUUAAGGACUAUGCCACAUCUGAAACCUACUCGCGGUCACUAGGCUGCACUGCACCGCAGCAGGGCUUCUUCUCCACUUUUAUAGGAUCAGCCUUUGAAGGCAGGGUUAUAUAGCUUGUCGCCGGCGUCUUAUAGGAGCAGAGAGCAGUGGUUCCCGGUUGAGGUUUCAGCACAGAAGGUCGAAGACAGCUGAUAAACAUGACUGCAGAAAAGCGUAUACCGUUGCAUGAGUUACAUGAGAUUACAAAUGGAUUUUCACUAGACUCAAGAAUAGGAAAGGGUGGGUAUGGAGACGUUUACAAGGGAGUUUACAAAGAAAGAGAUGUUGCUGUGAAGUUGCUUCAUGUUGAUAUGGUUCAUGGAAUUGAUGACAAAGAAUAUAUAAAUGAAGUUGGUAACCUUUUGAGGGUUAAGCAUCCAAAUAUCGUACAAUUGCUUGGUUACAGUUAUGAAACAACUUCUGAAUUGGUUGAACACAACGGUAAGCAAGGUUUUAGUAAACACAUAUACAGAGUCCUCUGCUUUGAGUACUUGGAGGGUGGAAGCCUAGACAAACACCUUGAUGAAAAAUCUUUUGCACCUGAUUGGAGCACACGUUACAUGAUUAUAAAGGGCAUUUGUGAAGGAUUAGAUUUCCUACACAGGUGUCAACCACCAAUUUUUCAUCUUGAUCUGAAGCCUGCCAAUAUAUUACUAGACAGAUUCAUGGUCCCUAAAGUGGCAGAUUUUGGAUUGUCAAGAGUCAUCAGUGAAUCACACACUCAAGUCACAAAACAAAUCAAAGGAACCCAGGCAUACAUGCCACCAGAGUUCAUAACAGAUGGCUAUAUCUCACGUAAGAAUGAUGUCUUCAGUUUCGGUUCUGUGAUGAUAGAGAUAAUGACAGGAUCUUUGGGUAACUCCGGUGAUAUAGAAAUGGACGAAGUCGUGCAAUUUACGCAGAAGGUACUUAGCAAUUGGAAGAAUAGGAUAAAGGCCACUUCAGAGUACCCAUUAGAGGAAUCACAUCAAGUACAGAUAUGCAUCGACACAGCAAUGCGCUGUAUGGAACUUGACAGGAACAAUCGACCCACGAUAGCAGAAAUCCUGGAUAUUCUGAACAAGACAGAAACUCAUAUUCCCAAGAGACAGAUGGCAGAUGUGCUCCCGCGUCCAACAAUUGGUCUCAAGAGCAAGUCUGACAUGUUGGAGAUGAUGGUAGCUGAACUCAACAAUAAUGAACACGGACAUUGCAAUUCAAUGCCAACAGAUAGCUCUAACGGCAAUGUGCAACAACCUCCUGAGAGGGAAACAACAUCAGAUGUGGAAGAAGUAAUCAUCGGAAGGACUAAGGAAAAGCACAAAAUAUUGUCUAAUUUAUCUCAGAGCGUCACAGAAGAAAUGGUCAUUUUUCCAAUAUAUGGCAUUGGAGGCAUUGGCAAGACAACCUUGGCGCAAUUGGUAUUCAAUGACCCACAGUUCCGAGACUACACUCGGGUGUGGGUAUAUGUUUCCCAGGAAUUCAACUUGAAUAAGAUUGGCAACUCAAUAAUAACAGAGUUAACAGGCGAGAUCAGCAAUAUAUCUACCAAACAGAUGCUUCAUAAGUGCCUUAAUAAGCUAUUUGCUGAUAAGAGCAUCCUUAUUGUUUUAGAUGAUCUCUGGGAGGAGAAGGCAAAAGAGUUCGAUAGACUGAAGACUAUGCUAAGGCUUGGGGGAGGGGGAAGCAAGGUGAUUAUAGUAACUACACGCGAUGAAGCCAUCGCAAGAAAACUUUGUAGUCCUGCAGUUACACCAUACAAGCUGGAGAGUUUGACGGUUGACGAGUGCUGGACUAUAAUAAAACAAAAAGCUUACUUUGAAGACCGAACCGACCAAGAACAGUUGGAGCAUAUAGGCAGGGAGAUUGCGACCAAGUGUGGAGGAGUGGCCUUAGCGGCUCAAUCACUAGGAUACAUAUUGUACGGUAUGAGUUCAGAUGAAUGGGAGUCUGUGAGAGACAGUUAUAUCUGGAAUCUAUCUACUUCCGAGGGCCACGAAGUGCUUGCAUCCUUACGGUUAAGCUAUAUGCAUAUGUCUCCUGGGUUGAAGCUGUGCUUUUCCUAUUGUGCAAUCUUUCCAAAAGGCCACAAUAUAUUGAAGUAUGAACUAAUUCACCAAUGGAUUGCUCUCAGAUUCACCGAGAAAUCUGGGGUAUUUGAUCCUAUGCAGCUCUGCGAGAAAUAUGUCAUGCAACUUUUGGGGAUGUCCUUCCUUCAACAUUCAAUGACGCCUUUGAGUGAUACACAACUAGACAAAGAUGUUACAUUGUUCACGAUGCAUGACCUAGUGCAUGAUCUCGCAAGAGCGAUCUUGGCCCAUCAAAUUAACACAGAGGGAAACAAAUGCCGCUAUGCACUGCUCAGAGAUUGUAGCAAGUCAUUGCAGUUGUCUUUUCCUGCAAAUAUACGGGCGCUGCAUUUUAGGGACUGUGGCGGACAAGAACUUUAUGAUGGUGCAUUUUCGUCAGCUAAGUGCCUCAGUGUCCUGGAUUUAAGUGAAUGCUUUAUUAAGAAGUUACCUGAUUGUAUUGGCCAACUGAAGCAGUUGGGAUUUCUUCAUGCUCCACGAAUCCAAUAUGAAAUGAUUCCCAAUUGUAUUGCUGAGCUCUCACAGUUAAAUUACUUGAACCUUAGAGGCUCUCAUAAAAUCUCAGCGUUGCCGGAAUCAAUUGGUGAUAUGAAAGCUCUGAUGCAUCUUGAUUUAUCAGGUUGUAUUGGAAUUCGUGAGCUCCCAGUAUCAUUCGCAGAGCUGAAGCAGUUGGUGCAUCUGGAUUUAUCAUAUUGCAAAAUAUCUACAGCAGAAGCUUUUGGCGGCUUUACCAAACUUCAGUAUUUGAAUUUAGCAGGACAGACUAUUAUAGACCUAGAUAGGAGCGGGCUGUCAGAGGUCAUUGGUAACCUAACCAAACUCAAGUAUCUAAAUCUCUCGUCGUCCAUGCUCUGUAUGGCCUUAGGAAAAGAUCAAAUUGAUAGCUUGCUUGGCUCUAUCAGCACACUUUCCAAUCUAGAGCAUCUGGACUUGUCUCACAAUAUAGGGUUUAAUAGUAUACCAGAAAGUAUUGGCAACCUCAUGAAGCUUCAUACAUUGGACCUCACAGGCUGGUAUAGCCUAAAGAAGCUUCCCGGCAGUAUGGUUCAGAUGGUUAAUUUGAAGGUUGUGAGAGGGGUUAGUUUGGAUGAAUUGGCGAUCUCUCGGUUCAACUGUGCCUCUUUGCCACACUUUGAGGUGCAUGCUUCAAGUGAUAAAUGUAGCAGCAAUAUCAGCCUGCUUCACCAUAAAAAUCCGUAUGAGCUGACGAUAGAUAAACUUGAAAAUGUUAAGUCUCCAGAAGAGGCCCACAGUAUAAAAUUGAUAGAGAAGCAGAAAAUUAAAGAGCUAGCAUUUCAAUGGACCCUAGGUGCUGGGAGGUUUGUGGAUGACAAGGAUGUGUUGGAAAAACUAGUGCCACCAAGCAGUGUACAGAUAUUGUCUAUAAAGGGUUACAUGAAUGUUAGCAUUCCAUUUUGGGUUACGUGUAUCACACAGUAUCUCCCUAACCUCACAAAAUUAGAUUUGUGUGACUUUCCUAACUGCAAUACCCUUCCACCACUUGGUCAACUACCAAACUUACAAAACCUGAAUCUAUACCGUAUGGAGGGCUUGGAAGAGUGGACCACGACCCAUAACAGUGCCAAGGGAGGUUCAAAUGAGCUCAUGUUCCCUAUGCUUCAAAGAUUGAGGAUACAGAAAUGUGCCAGGCUGAGGGUAAAAUCGUGUCUUCCUAGAACUAUGUAUUUGUACAUAGAAGAUUGUGAUACUAUGCUAUCAUCAUGGGGAGAGAGCUCUUCACACAGCGGUACUUCCUCGUCUUCUCCAUUAACUGAGCUGAAUAUUGCUGAAAGCAAGGUGCCCAUGUAUCAGUGGAGGUUGCUUCACCAACUCCCUUCCCUUCGUAGGUUAAUUAUAACUGAAUGCAGUGACCUAAGUACUUCAUCUCAGAUCAUCGACAGCCUCUCUUCUCUGAGGGCAUUGUACCUCGAAUCACUGUCGCAGGCAGAACUGCCGAGAUGGUUGGUUAAGCUGAAAUCUCUGCAGGAGCUAACUCUGUCUGGGUGUGCAAGCAUGACACUACCGGGGUCAUUAGGAGGACUAACCUCACUAAAGAUACUGAAGAUUGAGGACUGCGAGUGGAUCAGUUCUCUGCCGGACAGCAUACAACAACUGACCAAGCUCGAACAUCUAACCAUUCGUGACUGCCCUACAUUAGAGAUGUGGUGUGAAUCAAAGGAGAAUAAGUGGAAGCUUGCUCACAUCAAAGAGGUGGUCCCAUCAUCAUUAAUGGCAGACCCCGUUGAAUGUGAUUUGCCUUCGACUACUUCGAAGGUGCAUCCAGAAGUGGUGCGUAUGCGUGGUGCUGUGAUGAACACGCCUGGCUUCAAAAAGGAAGCUUUGGGAGUUGCCGCAUCUCAUUUGGAAAACACGUCCCAUGGUUUCAUAUAUAUGGAAAUGAAUGAGGAGCAACAGGUAUUGUGGCUCAGGAACUUUUUGGCGGAGCACUACUACAAUUUAACUACCGGUGGUUGGCGGCACUGUGACUGAUGAGGCGCAUCCUGAUUUUAACUGCUGAUGGUUGGUGCUAAUUAUUUUUCAGGGUGAUAUAUAUAUGACUGUAAAACAUACUGUAUAUUUUUGCUGUUAUAUAUAGUCUAUCUAUUACGUA